AUGGAUUUCCAGGGCUUACUACAACAAGAGGCAUCCACGCGUGGACUCACAAUGGUUCCGCUUUCUAGUGUGGUUGCAAUGCCGUCGUCACGGAAGGUGGCCUGUUGCGGUGGGUUUGUAGAGAAGGUUGUCGCGGAGUCAGAGCGGGACUGCACGGUUCUUCUUAGAGACGCGACGGGCGGCGUACACUGUGCCAUUCACGGUGCGGUUUCCGACCGUUACCCCGAUGUUCUCGCGACUGGUGCGGUCCUCCUUCUCCAAGACGUUACUGCGUUGAUUGUUCCAUCUUUGUUACCACCGAUCAUUGUGGUUUGCCUCGAGCAUCUGGUGGCACUACUUCUUCCAGAGGGACCUCCGUUAAGCAAUGCUGAAUACACACUGGAUUCGACGGCUCCGGGUGAAGAGUCACCAACCUUGGGGCACUUUACCAGCACUAAUGACGUUGUGCAAACACCUGGUCGUUUAAGUGGUGCUGCAGAGGGAGCGUCACCGCAGGUCGCGCCCCCAAACAUAUCUGGUCUACCAACCAAAGUCGAGGAGGCAGCAGACGUUGUUUCCGUUGACCAUGCAAGUGAUGAUGAUAGCCUACAACUUGCCGAUGAUUUAUAA